AUGGCGAAGCGAGUGAAAAUAUCAUGGCAAGAGGCCCUGGGCGAGCCAAUACCGGUCGAAGAGCACGAGGUUUUGCCAAAGGACAAGAGAAAGAGCAAGAGUAAACACAAGAAGGUGGACUUUAAGCAGCAAAAGCAAAAGAAGCGGCAUCCGAACGACGUAAAGACGGAGGAGGAUAUGGACGCGAUUGUGGGCUUUGAUGACAGUUUAAGAGACGAAUUGGACGAAGAAAUUGAUACAUUUAGUGGCGCUCAAUUUGUAAUGAAUGAUGUAGCGAGUGAAUUGGCGCUCGUGGCGAGAACAGACGUCGAUCAAAUGGAAGAGAAGAAGAAGAAGAAGAAGAAAAAGAAGAAAAAGAAAGAGAAGAAACAAGAAGAAGAAGAAGAAGAAGGGACUGAUAUGUCUAAGGAGACAAAGAAGAUGAAGCAAGGUUUGCAGUUGCUGGAUACCGUAAAUAUUGAUACAAUCAAAAGAGUCACAUCAGGAGCUCAGAAGAGUAAGAAGCAAAAACAGUCGGAAAAAGGUGCUGUCGCUGGAAACGUAGCUCAAGACAAUACAAAGCCCACUAGUUUGACACAAAAUGAAAAGAAAAACGACGAGGUGAAGAGUACUGCAAAGGAAGGAGGUGGUACUAAAAGUGACAAGAAAACAAAGAAAAAGACUCGGGUGAACCAGCAAAUGCAAAAUGAAGCACCACCUUUGAAGUGUCGGACUGACGUGAACUUGAAAAAAUCGUUGAGGAAAGAUGAUUGUGGGAAUGGUCAAGUUACCUAUAGUGAAUACUUGGACCUUAAAGUGGUUCUUCAAGGUUUAGAGACGGGCUACCUUCUUCAAGGCAAGCUUCGCGUUAACUCGAUGUACCGUAUGGAUGGAUACAUUAGUGUAGAUGGCUUGUCGGUGGAUGUACUGACAAAAGGGAUGCAAGAUCGCAACCGCGCUUUUGACGGUGAUUUAGUAGCGGUUCGAUUGCAUGCGGAAUCAAAAUGGAAACCUAUGAACGAUGACAGUGAAAGGAGAGCACUUGGUGCUGCUGAAUCGAAGCCAAUAUCUUCAAGUAUUGGAGUAGAUCAGAACGCCCUGCAUUCGCUGUGGCUUCCUAGCGUGGAGACCGAUCCGUGCUUCUUGAAGCGAUCGUCAGAGGAAAAAGACUCUGUUAACAUGCUAGAACAGACUAGAGCUCGCCUAAAUGAGCGCAUUAAAGAAUCUCGCCGCCGUCCGACCGCAACCGUGGUGUAUAUCCUUGCCCGAGGCAAUGCUAACGGUUUUAUUGGGUCCCUAGAAGCCAAGACUAAAGUGAAAAACUCAGAUUCACCACUCUCAAGCAACGACAGUUUUGCGUACUUUAAUGCCGAUGAUGUUCGUCUGCCACGACUCAUUCGAAUUCCAAGGCUGCAACUUCCCGACGAGUUCAUUAACCGCCCUUUGCUGUAUUCAAAGACAAUGCUCUGCUUUUGUCGAAUCAAAGCGUGGCCAACCAAGCACCAAAGUCCGACGGGCGAGUUUGUUAAGACAGUCGGAGAGUAUACAGGAAUUGAAACUGGCAUAUCGGCAAUUUUGUCCAAGCAUGGCCUACAAACACACACACUGGAUUUCGACAUCUCAAUUUUGAACAAGCUGGAUGAAAAGUAUGGAACGAGUGGCGAAAAGUGGGAGAUACCAGAAGAAGAGUUCCAGAAGAGACGAGAUUUUCGCGAGACUCAGAUCUUCAGCAUCGACCCGUACAAUGCCCGCGAUUUAGACGAUGCGCUGCAUAUUCGUGCUCUCAACGACACUCGUACUAAAUUCGAGAUCGGCGUCCACAUUGCAGAUGUAACCCACUUCGUUGAGCACAACUCAUUGUUAGAUCUUGAAGCUCGAUCACGAGGUACUAGUGUCUAUCUCGUUAAUCGUGUGCUACCGAUGUUGCCUCGUAUUUUGUGCGAGAAACUGUGCUCGCUGCAACCGCAAGUAGAUCGGCUGGCAUUUUCAGUAGUGUGGCAGAUGAACCUGGAUGGCACUCUUGUCGAGGGUGUCGAACCGUGGUUCGGAAAGUCCAUCAUUCGCUCGUGUUGCAAACUCGACUACGGUUCAGCGCAAAAGAUGCUCGAUGGGUCUAUCACUGGGGAGAAUGUAGACGAAUGGGAAGAGGACAGGCGUCCAAUUCCCGGUGCGAACCCCAAUAUCACUAAUGCCACAGUGGUCCAGAGCGUCAAAGACUUGUGGGGCAUUGGUGAAAAUCGUCGCGCGAUGCGUUUUGAGACGGGUGCAGUGAGCUUGAACGAUGUGAAACUUGUGUUUUCACUGGAUGCAAAGGGAAAUCCUAUUUGGUACGGAUCAUAUGAGCUGAAGGACAGCAAUCGACUGGUGGAGGAAUACAUGCUGUUGGCGAACUACCUUGUUGCUCAGCAGUUGCUUCGUGCGCAUGGUCCUUUAGCGUUCUUGCGUCACCACCCGCCGCCGGUCUCGCGGGCAAUGGACCAGACGCUAGAGAAGUUAGAUAAGAACGACAUGAAGCUGGAUGGAAGAUCGACGAAGCAACUUACAGAGUCUUUGGAGCAGAUUCGUCAAGUUCGUGGUGAAACAACAUUUGUCAUCGUGCAAGCGUUGAUCAUCAAACCUAUGAAGCCAGCUGAGUACAUGGUGGCAGGCAAUGGUGCAUCUCCCGAAUCGUGGCGUCAUUACGCACUCAAUAUUCCGUACUACACACAUUUCACGUCUCCCAUUCGCCGUUACGCUGAUGUUGUCGUACAUCGCCUUCUUCAGGAGAGUCUAGUGGGUGUAUUGUCUUCAAACAACGACGCACCUGCUAGUGCAGUCACUGAGUCCAGGAUGGUGGAGCUCACUUCGGUUGCCCAAAUUUGCAACGAGAAGUCGAUGACGUCCAAGAACGCCGAAAAAGAGUGUGACAAUGUAUUUUUGCGUGCCUUUAUACAGCACAAUGGUGAUAUCGAGGUGACUGGUGUCGUCGUGAGCAUGGGUCAGAAGAGCUUUACAGUAUAUAUUCUGGAACUGGGACUAGAACAGCGUCUUUUCCUUCAAGAAAUUCGUCUGACCGGUUCAUGGAAUGAGAAAACUAUGCAGCUUUCAAUUCGCUUACCAGCACCACGAAAGCUCAUAGACGAGAAGAAGGACCUUAUGGAAAAUGGCAAUCAAGAUGCCGUGAACAAGAAGAUGAAAACAACGGUUUCGUCAGAAGUGAUCAAGUUGUCGUUUAUGAAGCAACUUCGUUUGCACAUGUCGACAACGAAAAAAAUGCCGCUGGCACUGACGUUUUCAGUUAUUGGGGAAAAGAGCUAA